AUGUACCCAGGCGUCCUGGCUGCCUUCCUCUUCUUGAGUUGGACUCACUGUUGGUCCCUGCCUCUUCCCAAUGAUGAAGAUUCUGACGAUUUGUCCGAGGAAGACUUCCAGUUUGCAGAGAAUUACCUGAAAUCAUACUACUAUCCUCUGAAUCCUGCUGGAAUCCUGAAGAAGACGGCAGCAAGCUCUGUGGUUGACAGGCUUAGAGAAAUGCAGUCUUUUUUCGGCUUAGAGGUGACUGGCAGACUUGAUGAUAACACCUUAGACAUCAUGAAAAAACCAAGAUGUGGGGUCCCUGAUGUGGGUGAAUACAAUGUUUUUCCUCGAACUCUCAAAUGGUCCAAAAUGAACUUAACCUACAGAAUUGUGAAUUAUACCCCUGAUUUGACUCAUUAUGAAGUUGAAAAGGCAUUCAAAAAAGCCUUCAAAGUUUGGUCUGAUGUGACACCUCUGAAUUUUAUCAGAAUUCAAAAUGGCACUGCGGAUAUCAUGAUCUCUUUUGGAACUAAAGAGCAUGGUGACUUCUACCCAUUUGAUGGACCCUCUGGUCUAUUGGCUCAUGCUUUUCCUCCUGGACCAAAUUAUGGAGGAGAUGCCCAUUUUGAUGAUGAUGAAACCUGGACAAGUAGUUCCAAAGGUUACAACUUGUUUCUUGUUGCUGCCCAUGAGUUUGGCCAUUCCUUAGGUCUUGACCACUCCAAGGACCCAGGGGCACUCAUGUUUCCCAUAUAUACCUACACUGGCAAAAGCCACUUUAUACUUCCUGAUGAUGAUGUACAAGGGAUCCAGUCUCUCUAUGGUCCAGGAGAUGAAGACCCCAACCCUAAACAUCCCAAAACGCCAGACAAAUGUGAUCCUUCCUUAUCCCUUGAUGCCAUUACCAGUCUCCGAGGAGAAACAAUGAUCUUUAAAGACAGAUUCUUCUGGCGUCUGCAUCCUCAGCAGGUUGACGCAGAGCUGUUUUUAACAAAAUCCUUUUGGCCAGAACUUCCCAACCGUAUUGAUGCUGCAUAUGAGCACCCUUCCCAUGACCUUAUCUUCAUCUUUAGAGGCAGAAAAUUUUGGGCUCUUAAUGGUUAUGAUAUUCUGGAAGGUUAUCCCAGAAAAAUAUCCGACCUGGGAUUUCCAAAAGAGGUUAAAAAGAUAAGUGCGGCCGUUCACUUUGAGGAUACAGAGAAGACGCUCUUCUUCUCAGGAAACCAAGUCUGGAGCUAUGAUGAAACUAACCAUAUGAUGCAUAAAGACUACCCCAGACUAAUAGAAGAGGACUUCCCAGGAAUUGGUGAUAAAGUAGAUGCUGUCUUCGAGAAAAAUGGUUAUAUCUAUUUUUUCAAUGGGCCCAUACAGUUUGAAUACAGCAUCUGGAGUAACCGUAUUGUUCGAGUCAUGCCAACAAAUUCCCUAUUGUGGUGUUAA